UCCAUUAGGCGGGCACCAAAAAGCCAAAAACUAGCAUAUAUUCCUCUAGCAAAAAUUCUCGACUCAAGCACUCAACUUUCACUCAUAUUUUACAUUUUUACUUGCUUGUUGUCCAAAAACCCCAAAUUCCAAAUUUACAAUCAUAAAAUAAAAUUCAAUCAUCAAAACAUUUUCUCCUAAAAUGAAAACUCACCGUCGCCGGGAACUAUCCUGGUCGGAAUUACCACCGGAGUUACUCCCCGCCAUCGCAAACCGCCUCGAAAUCCGAACCGACAUCCUCCAUUUCCGGCGAGUUUGCAAGACAUGGCGAUCUUCAGCUCCUCUCUCUCUCCUCGACUCAAAACCCAUCUUAACCCAUCUUCUCCCUCACAAACUUCCAGAAGAUUCUGAUAAAAAUCACACUAAGGUUUUAGUGGCAAACACUGUUUUCCUCAUAAAAUCUGAUGCUCAUCCAAAUCUCCCGCCUUGGUUGUUCACUGGUGAAGAGUUGUUCCCCGGUUCGUUCUCCGUAAGACGGCCUCUUUCUCGUAAUAUCGCCGAGUCUUACGAAUUGCCUGACGAUUUUCCGUAUGAAUUGGAUUUGUCUAAAUUUCGUGAGUUGGAGUUAGGUAUGUUUUACAAUUAUAAUUAUUUGGAUGAUAAUACUGUAGUUUCUGAUUUCAAUGUUCCGGUUUUGGUACCUUAUACAAAGAUGCCAAAGAAGCCGUCAUUUCCGGAUGAAAAUAAGGUUGUUCUGUUUGUGAAUCCGAAUUGCGAAACUGGCUGUUGUAGCAUCGAUGAUUGUAUGGUUGUGGAAUUGUCCAAAGAGGUAGCCCUAACAGUGAAGAGUCUUAGAAAUGGGGAGAAACGAAAAGUGUAUUUUAUGGGAAAGAGGAAGUUUGAUGAUAUUGUUUGUUUUAAAGGGAAGAUUUAUGCUGUUGAUAGGAAAGGUAGGGUGUGUUCGAUGGAUUAUAAUUCGCUUAAGAUGUCGAGUGUUGCUGAGGAUCCGCUUUGUGAGGGUUCGGGGAGUGAGAACAAGAAACGAUUAGUCGUUUCGAGUGAUGAUGAAUUGUACUUAGUGUAUAGAUGGUCUAAGAAAGGAAAGGCGGCGUUUAAGGUGUUUAGGCUUAAUGAGAAGGAGGAGAAGUGGGAUAUGGUUGAUGGUAUUGGUAGUUAUAGGAUGUUGUUUGUGACUCUUGACGGUUGUUUUUUCGCCGCAGUUAAGGAUUUUCCGGGGUGGAAGGGCAAUUGUAUUGUGUUCCCUUGGGGUAGCUUUCCUCUAUAUUCGGGUAAGAUGACUCUUGACAGUAAGAUAUUCAUGUCACCUUACUUGGAUGAGAUUUUUAUUGCUGUUUAUCACUUUGAGGGUGGUGAUUGUAAGCUUGUGUUUGAUUGUCCGGGCUAUGCCGACUUCUUAUGGCCACCCCCGUCAUGGCUAUGGACCGAUGUGGGUUUGGACACAAGUGGAAUGGAUUCUGAAGGAGGUGAACAAAGAGGAGAUAAAGAAGGUGUUAAAGAAAAGGUCGAAGGAGAAGGACAAGGAGGAGCUGAAGAACAAGAGGAUAAUAAUAAGUUACAAAGUGAUUCUUCUUGUCACAUUGUUCCUGAGCCCAUCCAUGAGGAAGUGAAUCCCCCCAAUGGCGCGCAAGUUUCCAAGGGCAUACAAAUUGAUCAAGAGCGCAUAGUUCUUGAAGAGUUUAAGGAUAAAAAAGUGGUGAUUCAGCUCCUGUAGUGAACUCUCCUCUUAAGAUUGCUGAAAAAGAUGGCUCACAAGCAAAAUUCCUUGGAGUAGAUGUGAGCUCUCAGUUGAUUCCGAUUUUGCAGAAGAUAUGGGAUAAGUAUGGAAACAUUAUAGAAGGGCAUGUUGUGAACAGUGGAAGUCUUCUUACUUGGGCCUUAGAAUCUCUAGCUAAGAUGAUUAUUUUUCUUGAGAACAAUGAAGGAAGGUCAUUAGAUGACUCCCAAGCUAAUUAUCUCAAUUCAGUCCUCCUUGAUCUUCAACUAAUGCACUUUAAAUUAGAUUGGCUUAUGCCCUCAGUAGAGAAGGUUUUGGCACCUCACAAAAACAAGGUUUGUAUGGAUCUUGAAAAGACAAAUCCCGAGUUCCAAACAGAGUUUUAUUGGAUGGAAGAGGUAUUGCCUGAACAGACAAAGCUUGUUUCAGAGAGCCAAGUGGUCUCAGCUGAAGAACCAUGCCCAGUCCUCGACCUCCUCAGCUUCAUAGACAAGCAAUAGCUGUCAGGAAUUAGAAUGCUCAAGCUGAGGAAUCGAGGAAUCAACUACACUUUUGGAGAUGCAUCAUCAAUUUAUGCUUAUGGAAGAAAGUUUUUUGUUCAUCACUGUAAAGUAAUGGUUAUGUAAACCAAACUUUUAGUUGUGGUAAUGAUGCUCAGGUCUUUAGGAUUCGAAAAUAGCCACUCGUAGUUGCAGGAUUAAUAGGACCUCUGUAGGGAGAAGUCUUUUGAUACAAAUUGAAUGGUCUAGUUCUAUCCUCUUUUGUGAACUGAUUGUUAUGUAAUAUAGAUUGAUGGUAUCUCGACCCUUCUGUAUCUUUAUUCAGACAAAUUUAUCUCUAUAUUUUCUGGCUUGUGCAUCAUUCUUCCUGCUAUACAGUCAAUUAGUGAUACUGUAGUAUAUUAC